AUGUCAUUCAAACCAUCGACAUCACCACAUCCUCCUCAUGUUGGGUCAUUGACAACAUUCCCUCUGAAGCCACUGCCACAUAUGCCACCCUCUAAAUCAUUGCCACCCACACCACCACUUACAAUCAUAGGUGGCAAGCCACCACAACAACAACAACAACAUCAACAACUAUCACCUGAUACUACUACUACAACACAUACAACUCAGCUGUCACCUCCAACACCAGGCAAGUCACCACUACCCUAUAGGAAACAGACGAUGUUUACGACAACUAUCACCACAUCAACAUCACCAUCGAUGUUCUCGAGACCAAAGAGUCCUCAGAUGGAUGGACCUGGAAGUCCACCUGGAGGCGGUGGAGGCGGAUGGCGUGUAGGCACCAUUGGUAGAGUGCGCGCAGCUUCAACCAAUCAAUCACCAUCACAUUAUCAAUCGCCAACAUUCCAUCUCCAAACAGGAAUGAACUCACAGCUCCAUGAAGGCCCCUCGCCGCCAUCCACCUCCUCGUCGAAUGGCAAGCCUCUCCCACCCACACCACUCAAGACAAGUGGCUCGAUACCAGCACCAUCGCCCAGCAAGAACAUGUCUUCGUCGAUGCCUCAGCUACCCGUGGUGUCGCUGCCGCCCAUCGUCGACCCGCUGCCACUCAACAAGAUAUCGCUACUUCCCAAAGAAGUCAGUGCACCGCCCAACUCCCCACUCAUGCAUCGCAAGCACAGCAUUGUUGGAAAGGUCAAAGGAUUGCUGUUGCAAUCGUCGCAUGAUAGCUCAGCGACAUCAACUCAAGCCUCUGGCUCAAUCCCAACGACGGCGAGCGCGACAGAGUCAUCGACGACCACCUUGUCAAAGGACAAGAUUGAUGUUGUUGCGAUCUUUGGUUUGCCAAAAGGCGAGGCCCUGUUGGCAGAGUAUCCAUGCGCAUAUCGUAGACAUAUUUCAAAGGCUGGCAAACUGUACAUCACAUCAUCAUACAUUUGCUUCUACAGCAUGAUCUUCAAGAGCGAGAUCAAGGAAUGUUUCUCAUUCCGCGACAUUCGUCGUAUCAAGCGAGUGACCUCCCUCGUCAUUGGCAGCUCCAUCGAAUUGGCCAUCGGAAGUCACAAGUAUGUCUUUGGAAUGUUUGAAAACGUAGAUGCAGUGCAUAUGGCUUGCUUGAGACAGUGGAACCAUGUACAGGCCUUGUCAGAUGUCAAGCCAAUCACUAUGCUCAUGCCAAAGGUGUCAUCGACUGCGGCGGCUGGACAGGAGCCAAAGGGCCGUGUACGCUUCACAUCGUUCAGUAUCAAGGAUCGCAGCCAGACAUCGGACAACCUGCUGGUAGUUCGAUCAAGGAGUGAUUCAAUGCCAUCAUACUCAUCCAAGAAGAAGAAGGUCAUUGACAAUAUUGUACAUCAGCUCGUCACAAAGAAACCAUCAAAGUCGCACCAGACACAACAACAACAACAACAAGACAAUCACACAACAACAUCCACGAGCGAAGCUUCAAGCACGACAUCACCAACAAUCACUGGUGCAUCGGCACCAGAUACUCAACUUGGACAGAAGUACUCAACUCCACUCAAGGCUGGCCGCAUGUCCCUCACCUUUGGCAAGCCCGUGGCCCAGGCAUCUACUCCCAGCCCCCCUUCAUCACCAAAGAAUAACGAGCAAGAGUUUCCAACAACAGUAGGCUCUCCACCCAAGGACGCCCCAGUGGUCACACGUGAACGUACAAACACGCUGCUAAACAUUAUGAAGGGCGGUGGCCGCGUUGCCAAAAAGUUGGGCAACGUCAUGGAGUCACACGAGCGCAUCAACAAGAUGCUCAUAUCGAGGAAGAGCAAGGAGGACACGUCACAGAUGUACUUGAGAGAGGAUGUGUUUGGUGUGCCCAUCGAACAGCUGCGCGUUGACGACCGCUCGGCAUGUCCCAUCUUUGCCACACGACUGUUUGAGCACCUUGAGGCCAUGGUCGAGGGCAGCAACAAGCAACUGUCCUCUACCAACACAAUCAUCACUAUAUACCUCCAGCAACAUCAGCAGCAGCAGCAACAGAGCAAGGUCAUCAAUGCAAUGAAGCCAACAGCCACCGCCACUGAACUAUCGCGUUAUGAUAGACCACCUGCGAUUGGAAUGACAGAGAUAUCAAUGGAUGAGAUGGAAGAUUUGUUGCAGUCCAGCGAUGACACCUCUGCGGGACAGAGCCUUGGCAAGCCUCCAUCAGUGUCGAUGCUUGAAUCACUGAUCCUGCAAACGAAACGUGGCAAGGAGGACUGCUUCAAACACUUCAUCACGCCAGCCCAUGAUGUAGGUGAUCUUCUCAAACACUUCCUGCGAUCGCUGCCACAACCCUUGCUCCCCGAGGAACUGCUGGCGUGCGACGCCGUCGACGAGCCAUUCUACAAGCUGAGUAUGGUACGAUCCGUGAUCUUCUCCCGCCACGAGGCAUGCUGGUCACUGUUCCGUCAGCUGAUUGGUCACUUUGUUAGGCUGACCGACCACCAUGUCAACCUGUAUCGUAGCUCAAUCAUCAAUCCGGACAUGCAGGCAUUUGGCCUAAGCGCUUCAAUGUCCAUGUCUAUGUCACUAUAUCCGACCAAGCGUGAGAUCCACGACCAGCUCUCACAAGUCUUUGGACCCCUGACCAUUGGCGCCUCUCUCGACCUUCCCUCCACUCAGGCAUCAAUCCGCCUAUUCAACUACAUCCUUGACAACCACUUGGAUAUCCUAUCCGAUAUGAGCGAUAAUGUACAUUAUAUGAUCAAGAAGGGUCGCCAGAUUGUAAAGACUGCACCAAUCGAUAGGAUUAUAUCCAAGUUGACGGAUGUAAACUAUGUUGAUGAUGCACUGCUGGAUACAUUCAACCUUACACACAACGAAUACUUCAUGUCGACAUUCCAGUACGUACAGACACUGGUCGGUAUAUUUAUCGGUCACCAGAGCAUUGACUUUGGCUUGUCAUGGAAGUCCAAGCUCCGUGAGCGCGUGCUCUUUGUCUUGCGCAGUGUGGUCGAGACUCGACCAGCAAUAUUCUGGCCCACACCCGAUGGCAACGAGGUGUUGCGACUCAUUGGCACAUUUGCCCGAGAGGAGACACUCAGUGCAUCAAAGGAGGAGAUCAAGCAGCUAGACUACCUCUUUGAGCGAUCCAAACUCCUGCUCGAUGGCGACCUUGUUAGUCUGAGCGCGAUCGAUGCCUACAGCUAUCUGUUGCCCGUGGGCAAGUCCAAUGUAUCACCAUCAUCCUUUGGCAAGGUUGCUCCGUUGGCACGCAGUCAGACACACCAAGGCGAACACAUGCAUAUGCUGGCGAACACAAGAUCGGCUCGUGUCUUUGACAUUUUUGAUGCCGACUUGUCCGAGAUCGCGAUGCAGGUGACAUUGAUCGACGAGCGCACAUUCAAACAGCUGUCCAAGCAAGAGUUCCUGCUCAAUCGCUUUGACAAGCCGGAGCAAUCGCCAAUGUUCCAUAAUAUGGUGGCUAGUUUCAAUCGAUGGAGCUCAUGGGUGGGAUCAGAGGUCGUGGCUGUGCCCACGCCAGCCCAGCGCGCCGUUAUCUUUGAGCGAUUCAUUGAGAUUGCCAACAACCUGCUGGAGAUCAAGAACUUCCACGCCAGCUAUGCGCUCACCAUGGGACUACAACACUAUGCAAUCAAACGUUUGGCACAGAGCUGGGAGAAGGUGUCCAAGAAGUCGAUGCUCACAUUCGACGCACUAAAGGCAUUGUUUGACAGCGACAACAAUCACAGGGCGUAUCGCGAGCGCCUGCACCUAUCCAAAGCGCCACUGAUCCCCUACGUUGGCAUCUAUUCAAAGGACCUUUUCGCGAUAGGUGACUCAUCUGCCACACUACUCGAGCAACCCAAUCAACAUCAUAUUCAAGGUCAUUCACCAAGUAGUGUUGUUGGCAAUGUGAGCGUACUCAAUCUGGACAAGAUGCGAUCGAUACAUUGUAUUAUCAACACGAUGGAUAGCUAUCGUCAACAGGCCUAUCCAUUGAAGAGAGUGGAUUUACUCCAACAACUACUUCACGAGCGACAGAUAUUGAAUGAUGACGAGAUGUAUGAAAAGUCACUCUUGCUAGAGCACCGAGUUCAACAACAACAACAACCAUAG